GACCUAAGUCAUGCGUGAGCAUCGACAGCGAAGACGUGGGUGUCACGUGAAAAGGCUUGGUGCAAUGUGUUGACACCGUAUCGGCAUAUUGUCCCACCUGGAAGAAUGGAGCACGACUGGCGGAUGUGACGAAAUAGUUGGCCCAUCGACGCCCGACGCUCAAACGCUUUGUCCCUCGAGAGCGGACGCCGCCGCUGGCCGGAGAAAAAGAGGGCAGCCCGAAGAGGCCGCGAGCGUGAUAAAUGGUGGGAGAGCCUAACACGGAGAAACCUCGGCGGCCUGUCGAGACGCCACUUCUCAUGAAUGCUCACAAGCAGGGCAGUCCCAAAGCCGACGGCAGCCGCGAUGCCGGCGGCGCGUGCGGGCAGGCGGCGCCGGAAGCAGCGGACGUUCCUGCGCCGAAGAAGGACCCAGAUGAGGCGCGGGAUUCGACCCAAGGAGCCGAAAAUGACAGCGACUACCUGUGCGGCGUGGGUAACUACAGGCCGGACUGGCUGCAGAAGUUCGCCACUUCCCGUUACUACGCGCUCGUGUUCGGUUUGCUGGGCAUCUUUCAGGGUGCCUACCGUACGUACCUGGUCGGGACACUGUCUACCGUGGAGAGGCGCUUCUCGCUAUCGAGUCGCGCCUCGGGCAUCAUCAUGAUUGCCGACGACCUGAGUCCCAUCGUGGCCAACCUGGUGAUGAUGGUGUGCCUGAGGCGUACCAGCAAACCUAACUGGGUGGCCGGAGGCAUGCUGUUCUCGCUUCUCGGAGCCGUGUCCAGCUUGCUGCCUUACGUGGUCUACGGUCCGGGCAAGCACCUUCUGGGAGACUUGCCGACCGUGGGUGGCGUCGCCACCCAGACGACCCAGUUCUGCGGCACUUCGGACGACGAGGCGGCAGCGGCAAGUUGCAAAGCGACCAAAGAGGACGCCGCCUCACUCGGGCCUUUGCUAUUCUUCUUCAUGGGUAACUUCUUGAAUGGACUGGGUGGCUCCGCUUACUACGCCAUCGGGACCACUUACAUGGACGACAACGUCAAGAAGAAAAACUCGGCUGUCUACUUCGGCUCAUUGUAUGUCUUCCGUCUCCUGGGACCUGUCUUGGGCUUCACACUGGCCUCGCUUAGCCUAAGCUACCCCGAAGAACUGAAAGGUACGUCCCCGCUUCAGCCUGGCGACCCUCGUUGGAUCGGUGCCUGGUGGUUCGGCUACAUCUUCAUCGGUUUCGGCCUAUUCGUCAGCACACUUCCAAUGCUGUUCUUUCCCAAAAAGAUUCGGUCAAAAGCCGAAGCCAACAAAGGAGACGCGCUGAGCAAGAACACGAGCAUGAAAGCGGACCUCAAAGAGGGAUUGCAGGGACUCGCAAGGUUGGCCCGAAAUCCUGUCUACGUGUUUCGGAUUCUCGCAGCAAUCUCUACCUACAUUGCCCUGGCGGGCUAUUACAUUUCGUUUCCGCGCUACACGGAACACCAGUUCUCUCAGACGGCGUCCAAGGCCAGUCUCAUUGCUGGACCGACUUACAUCUUGUCGAGCGUGGUCGGCGUUGUGCUGGGUGCCGUGUUCGUGCACAAAGUGAAACCGACGCCCCGGGUAGUUGGCAUACAGACUGUUGUCGUGGUGUUCAUCGCAGCAGUUGGCAUUUCUUCUCUCAUGGCAAUAAACUGUGGCUCGAUACAGUACCCCGUGGUUCCAGAUGCGGUCAGCGGAGUGACCAUCCAAAACCAGUGCAGCGACGGAUGCGACUGCUCCACGAGAGUCCAUCGUCCAGUGUGUGACCAAGAGACAGGAACGCAGUACUUCUCGGCGUGCUUUGCAGGCUGUCCGGCCAGCCAGUUCAAUCAGACAGAAUUUCUGGAUUGUCUAUGCCUGCAGUCGGAACAUGGAAUGAAUAAGUUCAACACGGGAAAUGUUUCAAACAGCAAAUGCGAGCAGGACUGCUUUGACGCUAUGAUGAUCUUCGCUGGUGUCAUCUUCGUGAUUCAAGUGGUACUGGGAAGCACACACGUUGGUUCCACUAUCAUCGCGCUAAGGUGCAUAGAACCACGGGAUAAAAGCCUCUCCUUGCUCGUCGUGUCAGCAGUUAUGAACGCAUUCGCUUUUAUCCCGUACCCGCUAAUCUAUGGCGCACUGACGGACGCCUCGUGCAUCGUCUGGGAGGACCGGUGCGGCGAGCGGGGAGCCUGCUGGCUCUACGAUCUGAAGAAACUUCGCUUCCUUAUACACGGUGUCACAACAGCCCUGCUAUUAGCCGGCUGCUUCUUCCAGGCCUGUAUGGCUUAUUACUGCAAGCGCAUCAAGAACUUUUACGACGACGAAGUGGACGACGAAGGCGGCAGCGGUGAAAAGAGUAGUGGUGACGGCGUCCACAUGCCACUCAGGCUGUCCAUCACGGAAGGACCUGAGCCCCACGCGGGAGGUGCUGGAGCAGAGUUCCGCCCGAGGACUCGGACAACGAGCAUCGAUAGCUGGGAGUUUCAAAACUUCAAUCAGCUCACUAACGUGACCAAGUGAAUGCGCACAUGGACAUUUGCAGUUACUCUCCACCAUUCUUUGAGUCAUUAGCACGGACGGUUGUUUUUUUUUCAUUCACAUCGCGUCUCUGUCAUUGUUGUGAAUCACUCAUGGACUUGGAGCGGUCAAUUCAUGAACAUUGCGUCAGCAUCACACGUAAGACAGCUUCUAUUUUUAGUUGCCAAAUCCACCACGGGUAUUAGCUAAGAUGUGGUUGCGUGUCUGGGAACGUUGCGUGAAUACGCAAGGCAAGGAGGUGUAAGCCCGCCCAAUAAACUAUUAAAUAUUA